GUGGGCACUUGUGCAGCGGCCAGCCCCAAAGGGAGUUGGACCUUGCAAAGAACGCCAGAGCGCCGCCAGACCUCACAAGCACUUUGCAAGGGCCAUCUGGAGACAUCAUCGACUUGGGGAUCUGAAGGCCUGAAAUCCCCAGGUACAGGUUUAAAGAACUGGCAAGCAGGAAAGGAGCUGCUGACGCGAUGGUGCCGCUUAUUAAUCAUUCAUCAGUCCAGAGCCUUUCCACUUAAUGGAUGUGCCGCGCUGGGCUCUAGCCUCUUGGCCUCUCCUGCCACUCUCCAGUGUACCCAGGACCCCCAGAGCUGCAAGAGACAGCGCUCAAGCAAGCUGCUGCUGGGUGAUGCUCCCGGCGGCCUCAGUCAGAGCUGCGCUCGCCACAGCUGCUGCGCUCUGCCGGGUGGCGCCAGGCGGCGGUGAGCUGUGAGCUUGGAACCUUGAGCCUAGGGAGGGCGCAGACAGCAAGGGCGCAAGGUGAGCGCCCCAGCCGGCAGCCGCACCGGCCCACUUUCAGCUGGGAUGUUCCCCAAUGGCACCGCCUCCUCUCCCUCCUCUUCUCCAAGCCCCAGCCCAGGCAGCUGCGGGGAAGGAGCCUGCAGCAGGGGUCCGGGGUCCGGCGCCGCGGACGGCAUGGAGGAGCCUGGACGAAACGCUUCCCAGAAUGGGACCUUAAGCGAGGGACAGGGUAGCGCCAUUCUCAUCUCUUUCAUCUACUCCGUGGUAUGCUUGGUGGGACUGUGUGGGAACUCUAUGGUCAUCUAUGUGAUCCUGCGCUACGCCAAGAUGAAGACCGCUACCAACAUCUACAUUCUAAACCUGGCUAUUGCUGAUGAGCUGCUCAUGCUCAGCGUGCCCUUUCUGGUCACUUCCACGCUGUUGCGCCACUGGCCCUUCGGCGCGCUACUUUGCCGCCUGGUGCUCAGCGUGGAUGCGGUCAACAUGUUCACCAGCAUCUACUGUCUGACUGUGCUUAGUGUGGACCGCUAUGUGGCUGUGGUGCACCCGAUCAAGGCAGCGCGCUACCGUCGGCCCACUGUGGCCAAAGUAGUGAACCUGGGCGUGUGGGUCCUGUCAUUACUGGUUAUCUUGCCCAUCGUGGUCUUCUCACGCACCGCAGCCAACAGCGAUGGCACGGUAGCCUGCAACAUGCUCAUGCCUGAGCCCGCCCAGCGCUGGUUGGUGGGCUUCGUCUUAUACACAUUUCUCAUGGGUUUCCUGCUGCCUGUCGGGGCCAUUUGCCUGUGUUAUGUGCUCAUCAUUGCCAAGAUGCGCAUGGUGGCCCUCAAGGCCGGCUGGCAGCAGCGCAAGCGCUCAGAGCGCAAGAUCACUCUAAUGGUGAUGAUGGUGGUGAUGGUUUUUGUCAUCUGCUGGAUGCCUUUCUACGUGGUACAGCUGGUCAACGUGUUCGCCGAGCAAGACGACGCCACCGUGAGCCAGUUGUCUGUCAUCCUGGGCUAUGCCAACAGCUGUGCCAACCCCAUCCUCUACGGCUUCCUGUCGGACAACUUCAAGCGCUCUUUCCAGCGCAUCCUGUGCCUCAGCUGGAUGGAUAACGCUGCGGAAGAACCAGUCGACUACUAUGCCACUGCCCUGAAGAGUCGAGCCUACAGCGUGGAGGACUUCCAGCCCGAGAAUCUGGAGUCUGGAGGCGUUUUCCGUAAUGGCACCUGCGCUUCCAGGAUCAGCACGCUUUGAGGCCGGGCACUGCCGGGAUGGGGGGAGU